AUGAUCAUUUAUCAAGACUUCUACGACGAAGAUAGCUUUGAUUCCGCCAUAAGCAAUUCAACAAAAAGCGUCGACGAGGAGCUGAAAUUCUGCGACUUGGCAGCGUCAUCGACUUUGGACUGUUACGACGACGUCGUGAAAAAAUCAUCUUUGAACGGACUCUUCAAUUUGUUGGAACAAGUUUUGAUUGCCGAGAUAUUCCAGGAAAUCAUCUCGUGUCUUGAGGAAUUCCUCUUACGCGCUCGGAUUGAAGAACAGCUGCUCGAAAUCGCGGACGGAAGGCGCGAGCUUGAUGAAAGUGGUCGUCAGCUUGAGCGAACAAAACCUCGGCCAAGAGCUGCUCCAGAGAUCGGAAAUGACGCUGGAAUGGACUGA